AUGAUUCCAUCGGUUCAAUUUCAAUCGUUUAAUGAUACAUUGACCACCACCAUACAUAAGGAUUAUUUGGAUAAAUUUGAUAUGCCCAUUGUGUCAAGCCUUAAUUCGGACGACGAUAUUCAAUUGUCUGACCAAAGCACCAUCACCACCAUCAACAACACCAUCACCACAACCACCACCACCGCCGCCAGCACACAGUUCAAUAGUGAUCAAAUAUUAAUGCAUCAAAUUGAGUUUAGUGAUUCAGAAAUUGCAAUAUCACAAGAUUGUCAUUCAAUUGAACUUGAAACGAGCGACGAAAUGAUCGCUACAUGUGAUGACAUCGCUCAAAAUCAGUACAUCAAUUACACAAUCAUUGGCAAUGGUUUGAUUUUAAUUGAAGGUCCACAAAUGGAUUUUGACGAUGAAACCAAAAAUAGUAGCAAUAAUUUAAGAGCAUUAAAAGGUAUCGAUUUAUUGGUAACGGUAAAAAAUGACAACGAAGACGAUGACGACCACCACCACCAUCAUCAUCACCACACGACGAAAAUCGAAGCGUUGGAGGAAGAAGAAGAAGAAGUAGAGGAGGAGGAAGAGAUAGAAAAUGAAACCUGCGAGGAAUUUCAUUCUGAAUUAGACGAAAUGAAUGUGGUGAAACAGGAAGAAAUCAUUGACAAGUGCGAAGUGAAACAGGAAAUAAUUGAACAGUGCGUUUCCACGUCGCAAACACGCACAUUAACCACCACAGUGGAUCAACAUCAUCGACCCGGUAUGACCACCCAAGUGGAUAACAACAAUGAUGACGACGAUGAUGACGACAGUUCAUCGGAACAUGAACUCACCAACUUGGGCUGGUUGAUUGAUCUCAAAAAUCUCGCCCAAUGGCCAGUCGAUUCAAACUCCGUCAAUCGCAAAAAUUCCAACGCCAAUUCACAUUCAACACUUGUCAAUGGCAUUACCAGUUGUAUUAUGAACGAUAUUGAUGACGAACAACAUGCCGCCGCUCCAGUAAUCAGCGAAAAAGACUUGUCCGAAGAACGAUUCAAAAAAUUCACAAUCCAAGUUAAACAAAGCCAAAAAAAUUAUGCCGAACGUGAGAGAAUCUAUAAAAUGGAUCCAUUGGAAAAGCCACCAUUUAAUUAUGCUCAAAUCAUCGCCAUGGCUAUGAUGGACCGAGGACGCAUGACACUUAAGGAUAUUUGCAAAUGGAUCCAAGAGCAUUUCGCAUACUUUCGAUACAAUAAAAAUUGGAAUAAUUCAAUACGUCACAAUUUGUCAUUGCAUUUUUGUUUCACCAAAAUUGCGCGUGAUAAAACCGAAAAGGGGAAAGGAGGUUACUGGGAACUAUCCAUGAAUGCCACAAAAAGCGAAAAGAAACGUGUACGCAAUCGACGAAAGCACCGUGAUGACGGCAGCCGUGUGUCUCAACCGCAUCGAAAUCGACUUCCACCACGACGAAACAUACAGAGAUCAUCAUCAGCCACGAGUACCAAACCAUCGAACAAUUCCACUAAAUUGAAGUGUACACCAGCGUUAAGCAUCACCACAAAUGACAGUUGUAACGUGAGUUCAGCUAGCGAUGGUUCAUCGUCCAUGUGUUCGGGCAACGGGAUGACAGACGAUACGAAGAACAUGUGGUCGGAAAUACACGGCAUAACGAAUACGCAUUUCAUGCAAUCGCUGCACAAUUCCGUUCAUCAUGAGCAACUCGAACAUGAGCUCAUCAGCGAUGUGAUCACAAAUGAUUUGGUCAUCAUAAACGGUUCCGAUUUGGAUCAAUCCAGCAACGAUAUGAUUCGUUGCAAUUUCGAUAAAACCAGUAGCCAAACAACUGACCGCUAUUUCGUUGAUCAUGAUUCACAUAAACAACAUCUUCCCGGUGCCAAUGGAAAUGUGCUUGUCGAAUCAAGUAUAACGGCCGCUAUUUUGAAUGAUUCAUCCAAUGAGACAUUCAUCAAAGGUGGUCUCGAUCAGCAAACCAAUUUACUGAGCGGUGUGACAAUUACAACAGCUGCAUCUACAUCGAAUGUAAUCGUCGAACCGAUGCCAUACUCGUUGUCGCAUAUGGAUACAGUCAUUGACAUCGACCAUGAAUUUGGCAAUUUGGUCAAUAUGGCCGAUCCGGAGUUAACCGUGGACGGUUUCUUCGACUAUGGUAGUUGGUAGGCAAAUUGUACACCUGUUUCACCUGCUGUGUGAUGAUCAAACUAGGUAAAAAUCCAAAAUCCAAAAUGCCUUUAAACGAUUCCAUCCACAAAAGAUCUCUCCCUUGCCAUUGACCUCCCAUCCCCCUCAGAAUAAUUAUCAUUAUAAUCCAAAAAGAAUAAAAAAGAGAACAGAGUUAAGAUUUGAAGAUGCGUACAACGGAGCACGCACAGUAUACAAAACAAAAUGUGCCUAACCUUAUGGAAAAAUGAAAAAAAAAACAAUUAUUAUUACUUACUGUUACAAAAAUCAUCAUAGAAAACAAUUGCUCAACUUCUAGAACAUAUAGAGUGAGUUAGCUAGUUUAUAUAUAUAUAUAUAUAUAUACCAUAGGCACUUUUAUAUUAGACGUUCGAAUUUAGAACAAAGAAAAAGAAGAACGGUAGAAAUUAUUCAUAUUCAGUUUAUAGAGUAGGCUUACGAUGAAGUCGACGAAUG